AUGACGACUCAAAACUUCAAGAAUGAGAAGGAUAUUCCCGUUUCUCACCAGGACUUCCCUGGCACUGAGAGGCAGAUGCCCAACCCCAAAGCCACUCGUGACGAGUUACCUGAGGCCGGCGGCAAUUCGAGGACAUACCAAGGCUCUGGAAAGCUCAAAGGCAAAAAAGCACUGAUCACUGGAGGCGACAGUGGCAUUGGUGCUGCUUCUGCUCUUCUGUUCGGCCGAGAGGGCGUUUCGGAUAUUGUCAUCGCCUAUUUACCAGAGGAGGAGAAGGAUGCCCAGGACACCAAAAAGCAGGUCGAGAACGAGGGUGCCAAGGUUCAUCUUAUCUCUCUUGACCUCUCGAAGCAAGAGAACUGCAAGAAACUUGUUGACUUUGCCGUGGAGAAAAUGAACGGAAUUGACAUUCUAUUCAACAAUGCAGCUUACCAGAUGAUGGUCCAGGAUAUUAAAGACCUUCCCGAGGAGCAAUGGAUUCAUACUUUCAACAUCAACAUCCACUCCUUCUUCUAUAUCUCCAAAUAUGCCCUCCCUCACAUGAAGACCGGAGCAACGAUUAUCAACAAUGCUUCCAUCAACGCCUACAUCGGUCGCCCUGACCUCCUCGAUUACACAUCCACAAAGGGUGCGAUCGUUUCAUUCACACGAGGUCUCAGCAAUCAAUAUGUCAGUAAGGGCAUUCGUGUAAAUGCUGUCGCUCCUGGACCCGUUUGGACACCUCUCAUCCCCGCCACAAUGGAUGACGAAGCGCAGAAGCAGUUCACAAGCCCCAUGGGACGACCUGCUCAGCCAUCAGAGAUUGCUACAUGCGUGGUGUUCCUGGCGUCGAGUGAUAGCUCGUGUCUUGAGUUUUAUCCUGGCGGAUCACGUCGGUAUGCCAUCCUAUCCCACGUCUGGGGUGAUGAUGAGGUCACUUUCCAAGAUGUUGCUUCUGGUGAUCCCGAGGAAGCGCUUCAUCUUGAACGUUAUAAUACUUGCUGUAUCGAUAAAAGUAGCAGUGCCGAGCUUUCGGAAGCCAUCAACUCGAUGUUUCGUUGGUAUGCUGAGUCAACCAUCUGUAUCGCCUUUCUUGAAGACGUUCCCUCCUCAGAAUCUGAAGAGGAAUGGAGAAAGAUAUUUGUAAACAGCCGUUGGUUUACCAGAGGCUGGACACUUCAAGAGCUCAUCGCACCGGGAAAGGUCAUCUUUUACGGACGAGACUGGCAGCGGCUGGGUAGCAGAGCUGAGCUCAAAGAAGACAUAAAGAGUGCCACUGGGAUCAAUUACGAGCUUCUCGAUGCAACACAUCAUAUGGCGGAGAUCAGGCAAAGUCAGCUUGGUGAGUUUUCUGUCGCUCAGAAGAUGUUAUGGGCUGCUGGGCGUGAAACAACGAGGCCAGAAGACAUCGCUUAUUGCCUGCUGGGUAUAUUCGAUAUCAACAUGCCUUUGCUAUACGGGGAAGGUCAAGUCAAAGCUUUCAAGCGGUUACAAGAGGAGAUUCUUAAAUCUACCGAUGAUGAGUCUAUUUUUGCUUGGCGGCAGCCUCGAUAUCGGGUCGAAGGAAAAACGUAUUGGAGCCUUCUUGCAAACAGCCCUUCCGCUUUCGAUCUCGGCCAAACCUCAAAAGAUCUCAAUGGCAUGGUGCCUCAGAGAUCCAAGUACCUAUCUCUUAGGUCUGGAAUUUCAAUGUCUAUGACAAACCGUGGCCUGGAUUUAGAGCUUCCAUUAACACCGUUCCCAAUUGAUACAUCAGGGACCAUUUUCUUGGCCUUCUUGAACUGCGAGUUUCGAAGGGGCCAGACAUCCAUCAACCCGGCUAUCCUCCUUCAGAGGGCAGCGUGGGACAGAAACUCACAUUUUGUGCGAAUUCGACCAGACAUAUUAGCGUUGUCCAUGAUGAACAGCAUUAUUCUUCCUGAUGAACUCUUGAACAUGAUACGGAGUGGUCAAAACGAUGUUUUGCAAGAGGCCAUUCCGCGACAGAUCUUCGUGCCACAUAGUACUCCGGACCUACGAUAUUUGAAGGGUGUGAUAUUUCGCCCGGAGAUAAAGGGUCUUGCAAAGGAGAGUAAGAUGGUUGUCAGAGUGCGCUCACGAUCACCAACGUGGCAAUAUUUUGUUGACGCUCGAAGUGGUCCCUCGACCACGCCGGAAUCAUAUGAGAUCAACUUUGACCUGGCACCUGGUCCUUCGCUUGGAUCAUUACAAGCAUCCAUCGUUCUGGGAGUGUUGGAGCUUGACCUAGGCAGUUCAGAUUCCACGCAGUGCUUGGUCAUGGGAUUAGAGCCCUUGCCCCCAAACCCGUUUCAAACGAUGCCUCUUUACUUCUCACCGUGGUACGCAUUUGAAGAACAUACUUGGAUUGCAAAUCAGGACUUUUCAAGAGUUUUGGACAAAACACAGCGAAGGCUGGAGUGGAGAGUUCCAGAUAUCGUGACGGCGAAAAUUGGAAUUGAGAGCAGGUAUUCGAGUCUAUUCUAUAGUUUGACUUUGGAGAUUGAGAACAGCCGGAAAGUCAAUACAUGGUUUUGA